UCAGUGUGAGUUUCCUGUGCCUUGAGUCAAUGUUGAGGUGACAGGCGAGGCGCAACAUGAUCAUUAUUGACUAGUGGAGUCUCACUCCUCCACCCCGGUUGACUGCAACUGACCCGAGGGACCCUUACAAAUUAACUCCAAAGAGAAUGUAGUUCCUUGAACUCAUUCAUUUUGUUUUUAUCAUCUUAUUGGACAACUUUUAUUUAAUUUGGCUAUUUUUCUUUCUUUUUUGAAAUGAUAUCCUCAGUGUUGGUUUGGACGGUGAUGAUGCGACUCCUUCCAAUUGGCCAGAGUUGUAGCGAGGAGACUCUGACGAACUUUAACCAAAAGCAUUGUGACAACUGUCCUCCUGGCUAUUACGCGCCGGACUCGGAAGCCAUGGCAGGCAGAUACCAAUGCAAGAGGUGUGAGGACCACACCUUCACCGAAAUAGAAAACCACAUUCCCAAGUGCAAGAAAUGCAACACGUGUGAUGGAGUUGGCAUGAACGUGUCAACGGUAUGCGUCUACAACAGGGAUGCUCUGUGUGGAUGCCAAGAGGGAUGGUUCGGCUGGUCCUCAAUGAACAAACUGACAUGUCACCCUUGUUCCGGGCUCCGAAGUGAUGAUGACCCAAGGAAAGAAUGUAUUCUGCCGCCAAAGAAUGUGAACGAGGGUCAGAAGUCAACCUCCGCCGCCACCCUCAUAACCUCUACGGGGCAUGGCCAAUCAGAGGGGACAUUAGAGCCAUCAAGACCCAGCCUCAGCCCACCAACUGAGCAGGCAAACAGCUACACCAUGCCGAUGGUUGUGAUAGUGGCGGUGGUGGCGGCGGCAGCGGUGGCCUUUCUGAUCUGUAACUGGUUAACGGCCGUGGCCCGCAUCCUCUACCGCACCGGACUGCCUGUGGCCAGCGAUGACCCGGAGUCCAAUUCCCUGGGUUGGAAGUUGACCGCUCAAGAGAAUCACCCUCCGAGCAACAUGACUCUUCAUCCGUGUGAGGAGGCUCCGGCGAUGCUGAUCUCUCAGGGCCUGAUGGCAGCCUACCCCAGCCACCAACACCCCGUGCUGAGGCCCAUGGAGGCUCCUGCAUCAGCCCUCCCCCUGACCUCCUGCCCACCCCCACCCACCCCUCCUCCGAGCUGGCCCCCGGGGGAGCACUGGCCCCCGGCCGCCCUGUACGCCCUCAUCCAGGAGGUGCCGCUGCGGCGCUGGAAGGAGCUGCUCCGUCACCUGGGCGUGGCCGAGCAGCAGAUGGAGCGGGUGGAGGUGGAGGCGGGCGCCGCCUGCCUGGGCUCCAGGGAGAGGCAGUACCAGAUGCUGCGGCUGUGGACCCAGCGGCCCGCGUCCGCCCUGCCCGAGGUGUACGCCGCGCUGCAGCGCAUGGAGCUGACCGGCUGCGCCCAGCUGCUCCGGGAGCGCCUGGGGGCCCUGGGGGGGGCGGGGGGGCAGUGUGAAGGGCCAUGGGGCUGGAGGGGGGGGGGGGGGGGCAGAGUGAAGGGCCCCUCCUGGAGACCAUGAGGCUGGGGGGGGGGGGUGAGAAUGAAGGCUUCCAAAGGUCUACAUGACACUGAGUCCAAGUUGAUUACACAUUUGAACACGGACAACAUUUGCAAACGGCCGGUUUGCUCCUGAAUUUGGAAGCGCCACAUUGGGCUCUGGUCACUGCCGUGGGGGCUCAGCCAGGACUAGUCAAACUGGAAGUGAUUAUAGCCCUGAUUGGAAGUUCUCCUUAUGUUGACGUUAAAGCACUCGCACACUGAUCAAAUGUCUAGAAGUAGAACCUGGCAAUGAAUGUAGGGAAUUUAUUUAUUUUGUUUUUCACAGCCCUCCAUGUGAAAUGUAGUUAUUUAGUAGCGAGUUACC